CAUAGCAAAUAUUUAAUUUUAUUUCUUCAAAAAGCCAAUUUUAUACUCAUGGGUACUGUCAAAAUCAACCGAGAGGAUGUAUUUGAUGGUCAAUUUUCAUGCAACACAAGUACACUUCUAGACCCUGAGGAGUUUCGAAGGCAAGGCCAUAUAAUGGUUGAUUUUCUAGCUGACUAUUUUAACGAUAUCGAAAAGUACCCCGUUCGUAGUCAAGUUGAACCUGGUUAUCUUAAAAAAUUAUUAGCAGAUUCUGCCCCAAAUCAACCUGAAUCAAUUGAGAAAAUACUUCAAAAUGUUCGAAAGGAUAUUUUUCCAGGGUUGACACAUUGGCAAAGUCCAAAUUUCUUUGCGUACUUCCCUUGUAUUUCAAGCACAGCUGGGAUUCUAGGUGAAAUGCUAACUGCUGGUCUUAAUGUGGUUGGCUUUAAUUGGAUAGCAUCACCAGCUGCUACUGAGCUAGAAUGCAUUGUCAUGGAUUGGCUUGGGAAGUUGAUAAAUCUUCCCAAGACACACCUUUUUUCUGGUGGUGGAGGAGGUGUUAUACAAGGUACUACUUGUGAAGCUAUGUUGUGCACUAUUGUUGCUGCAAGAGAUCAAAUGUUGGAUAAAGUUGGAAGAGAGAACAUUGAUAAGCUAGUAGUUUAUGCAUCUGAUCAAACCCAUUUUUCUUUUCAAAAGGCUGUUAAAAUUUCAGGGAUAAAACUUGAAAAUUUUCGAGCUAUUCCAACAACAAAGGCUACUGAGUAUGCUUUAUGCCCGAUAUUACUAAGCAAAACAAUUCAAGAAGAUAAAAAAACAGGGUUAUUACCAUUAUUUUUGUGUGCAACUGUUGGAACUACUUCAACAACUGUUGUUGAUCCAUUGAAGCCACUUUGUGAAAUUGCUAAAGAAUAUGGAAUUUGGGUACAUGUUGAUGCAGCUUAUGCAGGAAAUGCAUGUAUUUGCCCAGAGUUUCAACAUUUUCUUAAUGGUGUUGAAAAUGCAAACUCGUUCAGCCUAAAUGCACACAAGUGGUUAUUCUCCGUCUUGGAUUGUUGCUGUCUUUGGGUGAAAGAUCCAAAUUCUCUUACAAAAGCACUGUCAACAACACCUGAGUGCUUGAGAAACAAAGCCACGGACUCCAAGCAAGUGGUUGAUUACAAAGACUGGCAAAUAUCUUUAAGUCGCAGGUUCAGAGCGUUAAAGUUAUGGCUCGUGUUAAGAAGUUAUGGCGCAGUCAAUCUCAGAAAUUUCAUAAGAAGCCAUGUCAAAAUGGCUAAGCAUUUUGAAGAACUUGUAGCUGUGGAUGAAAGGUUCGAAAUUGUGGCCCCUAGAAAUUUCUCUAUGGUGUGUUUUAGGGUUUCACCGUUGGCAUUGCAAGAAAAGGUUAUAUUUGUUGAAGAAGAUCAAGUGAAUAAGUUUAAUGCCAAGGUUUUAGAGUCCAUUAAUUCAUGUGGUAAUAUACACAUGACUCACGCAGUGGUUGGAGGAGUUUAUAUGAUGCGUUUCGCCAUUGGUGCACCACUCACGGACUAUCGCCAUAUCAAUAUGGCUUGGGAUGUGAUUCGAAAUCAUGUGAAUGUCCUGCUAAAAAAUUUAAGUUCUGUCGCAUCAAUAGGGUAAAAGAACUUUAACACUAUCAAAUUAUCUAAAAGAGAAUUAAACGUGACCUUUCAUAAAAUAUGAAAUUAAUCAAGGAAAAAAUAAGACAAAUAACCUGCUAGAAUAAAUUCAACAUACUAAUAGUGUGAAAUUUGUUAACACUAUCAAUAUAAUUUAAUUGUUUUUGUUUUUAUUGAGUAUGUUCUAGCAUUUUCAUCAUGUAUUUAUGUUGAUGUAAUAUUUUUCUUUUUUUGUAAUGUGUAUGCCUAUUGGAGUGCCAGUUUGAACUAUAUCGAUUUGC